UCCUCCUCCUCCCACCGCACUACUCUAGACAACCGACCAAUGAGAGCUUGGGAGCGGGGCAAUGCUGCCGCGGGAGGGGCGGAGACGCGUGCCAAACCCCGCACUGAAAGACACCGCAGAUUUGUAUGUGAACGAGCAGCCUGUCCUUGUCCACUCGGUCCAUGGAUUACGUCGUGUCCCUCCAAGUGGAGCAUCAGGUCGCCGUGUCUGCAACUCACCUCUAUCAAGGCUACUCUGUGUCCCUGGAGAUGAAGUCUACAGAGGUUAACCAGGAGCUCUUCACUGACAGCUACUGUAAAGUGUGCAGUGCGCAGCUAAUCUCGGAAUCACAGAGGGUCGCUCAUUAUGAGAGUCGGAAACACGCCAACAAAGUUCGUCUCUAUUACAUGCUGCACCCAGUUGACGGUGGCUUCCCUGCAAAAAAACUACGAACAGAUAAUGGAAAUGAAGAUGGUGAUGUGGACAAAAACAAGUGCUGCACACUCUGCAAUAUGUCCUUUACGUCUGCAGUGGUGGCAGAGUCUCAUUACCAGGGAAAAAUUCAUGCAAAAAGGCUGAAACUACUGCUAGGAGAACAACCUGAAAGAAACAACAAAGAGGUGCUCCCUAGUCCUGUAAAGUCAAUCUCUGAACCAUCGGCCUUCGUGUCUCCACGUCAAAGAAGGGACUCAGACAGGUACUGCCAACUCUGCAAUGCUUGGUUUAACAACCCUGGCAUGGCUCAACAACACUAUGAGGGGAAGAAACACAAGAAGAACGCUGCACGAGCAGAUUUACUGGAACAGCUCAGCAAGACACUAGAUCUCGGAGGACUUAAAGGUUUGAAGAGGAAUUACACGUGUGAAGUUUGCAGCGUAACUCUGAACUCAAUAGAACAGUACCAUGCACAUUUGCAAGGUUCCAAACAUCAGAAUAACUUGAAGGGCCAAGCGUGAGUUGUUGUCACGGCAACAGCAGUUCGGCAUCUAUCGGAUUGACUCAGUGCCUCCAGAGUCACGUCCUGCAGGACCUUUUUUCCCCAGUCUCUUUAUCCAGCAGAUAAAACUGCAUAAUGGAUCAAACUUUUUUUAUGUCAUUUUACUCCCUUGCUAGGCGUGUUUUUUUGUAUUAUUAAAAUAAAUUCUUGAUCUUUAAGAAGUUUUAUCCUUAACCCUGAUCUUUUUCUUUUUUUUUUUUGCCUUGACUCUGAAGAAGAUGCGCUGGCCGGUGCUGUACAGGACACUUCUAUACGAUGCAGCUGAUUACUAUGCCCAUAUUGCUCCUUACACGGUGCUGCUGUCAUUUGUAGCACAAUGGGGUCUACUGGGUUAAUGUAUUUUAAUUGAAUUUAAAGUUUGGUGUACAUAAUUGAGUUGAAGGCUAUAUUUAUAUAGAUCUAUGUAUAAGAUAAUUUAUAUAACAUCUAUAAGCAUGUUAUUAAAAAGACUAAUGAUUUUUAGCCCAGGUAAUUUAUUCUUUUUUUUUGUAAAUUUCUAAUGUAGUAUAGAUGCAGUGUUUUACAUUAACUGCAUUUUGUAAUUACCUCAUUUAUUGUCACUAAUGUUUAAAAAAUAAUGUGUGUAUUGUAAGUGUGUGAAUGUUUCUCAGCCUAAAUUGUUAAAUGAGUCUCUUUCAUUUCCAAUCUGAAAUGAUCAAGCUCACCUUUCUGAUUAAGACACUAAUUGGAAUGUUGAUUUUCUUGGCCACGCUGCAUAUCCAUUGACAUGUCAAGAUGUCUCCACCACAUCAGAGGACUGAGCGCAUGGCUGAACCUAAGCAGGCAUUUAAUCCGUAAAAGAAUUAAUCUGUUAUCAGUAUACAAUAUGUUUGAUCCGUGAAAUGACAGCAUGGUUCCAUCUGCUGAUUGAUUUAUUUAUUAAUAAAGGAGAUCACAUAUUUGGUCAAAUGUUUUCAAGAUUAACUUAAUAAAGAAAAGUUUUUUUUUUUUUUUUUUCAAAUCGAAUUUUCAGUUAAGUGGAUAAAUGAUUCAUACUCAUUGCAAUCUUCUACUGAAGAUCAUCCUAUAUUUAGUAGACUGUUUAACAAAUGAGCAGUUUGUUUACAGAAAUUGGGUUCAUGUAUGAUUAGUGGGUUUGAUCAUUAAUUUGAUUUCUGAAAGUGGUGGGUGCGUAUUCUUUAUUUUAUGUUCCUUUAAUUACGUGUGCUCCAAAGUUUGCUUUCUCCCCUGCAAACUCCUACUCCAGAGAAGCUUAUUGUUUCUACUUUUGCCAGAUCUAUUUUAAAGAGUGUUAAUUUUCAGGAGAAAAGCGUGGGAUGAAAGAUCUGUCAUAAAUAAAUACUGCUGUUUCUGCAAAUGUAUUGGAAAUGAAAAUGUAAACAAGAAUAGAUUAUUAUAACACA